AUGCACGCCAAGCCCCUCUCCCUCCUCUUGCUAUCUGCCCUCCCCUCCUUGACUGCUGCUGAAGAUGUCCUUGGCCUUUACGUCUUCCACCGUCACGGCGAUCGCACUGCCAAGGCCUGGAAGCCCGUAAACUUCACAGCUCUCGGAGCCGACGAAGUUUACUCUUCCGGUUCUUGGUACCGCGAUACUUACGUGAGCAAGGAUGCUUCACGAAAGAUCACUGGCCUCAGCCCCGAGUCGGCCGUCUUGUCUCAGCUAGAUGUCACUUCUCCCGUCGAUGCUGUGCUUCAGAACUCUGCUCUUGUAUUCAUGCAGGGGCUUUACCCUCCUACGAAGCAGUUUGAGACCCUUGCCAAUGGAUCCAGGGUUGAGGCUCCUUUGAGUGGAUAUCAAUACAUUCCCAUUGCUUCAGUAGAGACUGCAGCCAGCGACAAGAACUCUGAGAACAGUGCUUGGCUCCAGGGCAACAGUGGUUGCACCAACGCGGAGGCUAGCUCAAAUGAUUACUUCUCCUCCCCCGAGUACGCUGGAGUAUACAAGGACUCUGAAAGCUUUUAUCAGGGCCUUCUGCCUGUCAUCAAUGGAACCUACGGCAAAGAUGAGGCCAACUUCCAGAAUGCCUAUACCAUCUUUGAUCUCAUCAAUGUUGCUCGUAUUCACAAUUCUAGCAUCCCUUCCGAUGAUCUGCUCGAUGAGUCCACCCUGGAAAAGCUAUAUUACCUCGCUUCCAUCCAUGAGUGGAACCUCGCCUACAACAGCAGCGAACCCGUCCGUGCCAUUGCGGGCUCGGUGCUUGCUGGCCAGAUCAUUGAGGCUCUUGAGCCCCUUGCAGAGGGUAAGAAGGGACCCAAGGUCAACAUCCAGUUCGGUGCCUAUGCCGCUUUCAUGUCUUUCUUCGGUCUUGCUGGUCUCGACAAGGUCAGCUCCGACUUCAAGGGAGUCGUCGACUACGCCUCAUCUAUGGCCUUUGAGCUCGUAACCAACGCCACAAACCCUACUGCCGACGACGUCAGUGUCCGCUUCUACUUUGCCAACGGCACUGCUGCUCAACACACCCCGAAGUUGUUCCCUCUCUUCGGUAAGGAUGAGACCACCAUCUCUUGGAAGGACUUCAAGACUGGCAUGUCUCAUUUCGCCAUUGAGGACACCAAGCACUGGUGCAAGCUUUGCGGAAACAACGAUGGCACCUGCGCUAGUAGCUCGGAUGAUGACUCUACUUCAUCUCAAUCAAGCUCUGGCGGCUCUGGCAACGGUGUCUCGAAGCCAGUUGCUGGCGUCAUUGGUGCCCUUGUUACUCUCGUUGUCAUUUUGGGUGUCCAGGCUGCCUUUAUUCUGCUCGGCGGUCUGCGUCUUGUCAAGAAGUCGACGCUUGCAGCUGCUGGCGCAUCUCAGGCCGAAGCAGUCAAGGCGUGA